CAGAAGGUUCGCGCCGGUGAUCCCGGUGCAAUGUUCCCCACCCCCGGGCUGCGAGGGCUCAGCGGUUGGCCGAGGUGGAAACAGGCAGCCCGUGCCCCUGGGAGGGAGGCCCGUCACCUGUUGGGGCCUCGGGAGCGCGCGGCGCGGGGGCGGCGGCGGCGGCGGCUGGGAGCGCAGCCCCCGUCGCUCCGGGACUGUCCGCGGGCGGGGGGCGCCGCACGGAGUCGCGGGGAGGCCCGGCGCAGGAAUGCACUUUUCUCCAGCCCGAGAGACUUCGCACGGGAGUGGAGAAUAGUUUGGGGUGGGGUUUCGCACCGUCUCCUCCCCCCCACCCCCGGAUCCCCUUCCAGGCGCUGUUGGAGAGCUCUCAGACCUGCGCUGGGAAGUUUAAAGAGCAGAGGGGAGUUGUGCGGUAGGCAGGGACAAUGGAAGAAAAUGAAAGCCAGAAAUGUGAGCCGUGCCUUCCUUACCCAGCAGACAGCAGACACAAGCGGGAACAAGGAAAAAGCAAUCUUCAUGUAACGUCAUUAGAAGAUGCAGAAUGCCGAAGAACCAAGGAACGCCUUUCUAAUGGGAACAGUCGAGUUUCCGUUUCCAAGGCUUCCCGAAACAUCCCACGGAGACACACCCUAGGUGGGCCCCGAAGUUCCAAAGAAAUACUGGGAAUGCAAACAUCUGAGAUGGAUAGGAAGAGAGAAGCUUUCCUGGAACAUCUCAAGCAGAAAUACCCGCAUCAUGCCACAGCAAUCAUGGGCCACCAGGAGAGGCUGAGAGACCAGGCUUUGCAGUGCAUGCUGAUCUCUCUCCAGGCAGAACUUGACAUUCAAAGGUACUUGAUGAAAAUUGAAUCAUCUCAGCGAACAAGAAGCCCCAAACUGCCUCACAGUCCUCAGCCCCCCAGCGUGGGCGACCCGGUGGAGCAUUUAUCCGAGACUUCUGGUGACUCUCUGGAAGCCAUGUCUGAGAGCGAAGCUCCAAGUCCUUUCUCCAGAGGCAGCCGAACUCGAGCGAGCCUCCCGGUGGUGAGAUCGACCAACCAGACGAAAGAAAGAUCUCUGGGGGUUCUCUAUCUCCAGUACGGAGAUGAAACCAAGCAGCUCAGGAUGCCCAACGAAAUCACAAGUGCAGACACGAUCCGGGCUCUCUUCGUAAGUGCCUUCCCACAGCAGCUCACCAUGAAAAUGCUGGAGUCGCCCAGUGUCGCCAUUUACAUCAAAGACGAGAGCAGAAAUGUCUACUAUGAACUAAAUGAUGUAAGGAACAUUCAGGACAGAUCGCUCCUCAAAGUGUACAACAAGGAUCCUGCACAUGCAUUCAAUCACACGCCAAAAACUUUGAACGGAGACAUGAGGAUGCAGAGAGAACUUGUUUAUGCAAGAGGAGAUGGCCCUGCGGCCUCUCGACCUGGGUCCACAGCGCACCCAGCCCACGCCAUUCCAAAUUCUCCGCCCUCCACGCCCGUGCCCCACUCCAUGCCUCCCUCCCCAUCCAGAAUUCCUUAUGGGGGCGGCCGCCCCAUGGUGGUCCCCGGCAACGCCACCAUCCCCAGGGACAGGCUCUCCAGCCUGCCCGUGUCCAGGUCCAUCUCCCCCAGCCCCAGCGCCAUUCUGGAAAGAAGAGACGUAAAGCCCGAUGAAGACAUGAGCGGCAAGAACAUCGCGAUGUACCGAAACGAGGGUUUCUACGCGGAUCCUUACUUGUACCACGAGGGACGGAUGAGCAUCGCCUCUUCCCACGGCGGCGGCGCGCACCCGCUGGACGUGCCCGAUCACAUCAUCGCCUAUCACCGCACCGCCAUCCGGUCGGCGAGCGCGUACUGCAGCCCGGCCUUACAGGCGGAAAUGCAUAUGGAGCAGUCCCUGUACAGGCAGAAACCCAGGAAAUACCCGGACAGCCACUUACCCACUCUGGGCUCCAAAACGCCCCCCGCCUCCCCGCACCGCGUCGGCGACCUGAGGAUGGUGGACAUGCACGCGCAUCACAACGCCCACGGGCCCCCGCACACCCUGCAGCCGGACCGGGCCUCGCCCAGCCGCCAGUCCUUCAAGAAGGAGCCGGGCACCCUGGUGUACAUUGAAAAGCCACGGACCGCGCCAGGACUCUCCGGCCUGAUGGACCUCGGCCCUCCGCUAGUGGAGAAGCAAAUGUUUGCUUACAGCACCGCUACGAUCCCCAAAGACAGAGAGACCAGAGAGAGGAUGCAAGCCAUGGAGAGACAGAUUGCCAGUUUAACUGGCCUUGUUCAGUCUGCACUUUUUAAAGGGCCCCUAACAAGCACUAGCAAAGAUGCAUCUAGCGAGAAGAUGAUGAAAACACCAGCUAAUAAGAACCACACAGAGAGUGCAGGAACGCCCCAUGUUUCUGGCGGGAAGACUCUCGGCGCCCUGGAGUCCCUGGGGCCACCCAGCCAGCCCCUGGCCGCCGGCACCUCGGCCGUCCACCUGAGCCUGCUCGACAUGAGGCGGAAUGUGGCCGAGCUCCGGCUCCAGCUGCAGCAGAUGCGACAGCUCCAGCUGCAGAACCAGGAGCUGCUGAGGGCGAUGAUGAAGAAGGCUGAGCUGGAAAUCAGCGGCAGAGUGAUUGAAAUGAUGAAGAGGCUGGAGGACCCUGUGCAGCGCCAGCGCGUCCUGGUGGAGCAAGAGAGACAGAAGUACCUGCAGGAAGAGGAGAAGAUCGUCAAGAAGUUAUGUGAGCUGGAGGACCUGGUUGAAGACCUGAAGAAGGACUCUGCAUCGGCCAGCCGAGUGGUCACCUUAAAAGACGUGGAAGAUGGGGCGUUCCUCCUGCGGCAAGUGGGAGAAGCGGUAGCUUCCCUGAAAGGAGAAUUCCCGACCUUACAAAACAAGAUGCGAGCCAUCCUGCGCAUAGAGGUGGAGGCCGUGCGGUUCCUGAAGGAGGAGCCGCACCGGCUGGACAGUCUCCUGCAGAGAGUGCGGAGCAUGACCGACACCCUGACCCUGCUGCGGAGACAUGUCACUGAUGGGCUCUUAAAAGGGACAGAUGCAGCCGAGGCCGCGCAGUAUGUGGCCAUGGAGAAGGCCACCGCCGCAGAAGUCCUGGCGUCCCAGCCCCUCCACGGCGCAGCAGUCCCUCGAGACGUGAAGUCGGAAGUGGUGCCCUUGAUGGUUCACCAUGCACAGAGCUCUCCUGUGGUCACUCAGCCGUCCCAGCUCUCCUCCGCCCCACCCAACCCUGCCCAGCACCCGACCAGCCCUCCGGCAGUCACACAGGAAGUGACCUCAGCUCCCCAGUCAUCACAGGCAACUCAGUCUCCACAGGCACCCAUGAAUGGCUCCUCCAUGCAGAGUUUGUUCAUUGAGGAAAUCCACAGUGUGAGUGCCAGGAACAGGGCGGUGUCUAUUGAGAAAGCAGAAAGGAAAUGGGAAGAGAAAAGACAAAAUCUGGACCACUAUAAUGGGAAAGAGUUCGAGAAGCUCCUGGAAGAAGCUCAGGCCAAUAUCAUGAAGUCAAUUCCAAACCUAGAGAUGCCCCCAGCCUCUGGCCCAAAGCCCAAGGGCGAUGCUCCGGGGGACAGGCUGGAACGCUCAGAAGAAUCUCCAAGCUCCGAGCAGGACUUGGACAGGUUGGGGGGCAAGUCCCCACCCCCUCCUCCCCCGCCCCCGAGACGGAGCUACCUGCCAGGAUCCGGGCUCACCACCACCAGGACUGGCGACGUGGUCUACACCAGCAGGAAGGAGAACACCACUAAGGCAAGCGGUGAAGAUGCCGGACCAAGCCUGCAGGCUAGAGCCACAAAAUGCCCAGCAGAGGAGCCUGCUUCAGCGUGGACUCCAUCCCCACCUCCGGUCACUACCUGCUCCUCAAAGGACGAGGAGGAGGAAGAAGAAGGAGACAAAAUCAUGGCAGAACUCCAGGCAUUCCAGAAGUGUUCCUUUAUGGAUGUAAAUUCAAACAGUCAUGCUGAGCAGUCCCGGGCUGACAGUCACGCUAAAGACACUAGGCUGGGGGCCACAGUCUCACCCAAGGAGAAGAAGGGCAUUUUUGGAAGUUGGCGAACAAAACAGCCCAAGAAUUUGGAAUUUUUCCACGAAGACGUACGGAAAUCUGAUGUUGAAUAUGAAAAUGGCCCCCCAAUGGAAUCCCGAAAGGCCACCUCAGGGGCUCCUACACACAGUGACCGUCCCAGGUGGGAAAGAGGAGUGGAGAACAGUAUUUCUCAAGAACAUCAGACUAUAAAACUGACAGCAAGAACAUCGGAUAUUCUUGAUGCCUCGAGAACAUCAGACUAUAAAACUGACAUCUUAAUGAAGGAAAAUUCCAUUCCCAAUAGAAGUUUACUUAGAGACAGUAGAAAUUAUUCCCAGAAAAAUGUGUCUAAGGUCAAUUCCAGUUUCCCUGGCACCAAUUUGUUAGAAGAUGAAAUAAGCAAAGGGCCUAAAAUCUCAGGACUGCAGGGCCCUCCAUCUGACCCUGAGAACCAGAAGAUGAAUUAUGAAAAGACAAAAGAGAUGAGUCAACGAGAUCAAGAAAAUGCAGAUAGAUGUCACCUACUCUCUCCCACGAGGUCAACUGAAUUGAGUAUUUGUGAUGUCAAAACUCAAGAUCAAGAGGUUCCUGCGACAGAGUUUGGCCAAGUUGUGCUAAGACCCAAGGGGGCUUGGCAUGCUAGUAAUGGGAAGCCUAAUGAGGACAGGGAAUCAACCCCAAGUUCUCCCACUGAGGAGAGUGCACCCACAGACAACAUCGCCUUCAUGAUUACCAGAACUGCGGUCCAGGUUCUCUCCAGCGGGGAGGUCCGCGAGAUAGUGAGCAAGAAGGGAGAAGAUGUACAGACUGUGAAUAUUGAUGCCAAAAAAGAGAUGACUUCCCAACAAGAAGGGACUGAAAACGAAGAGCCAGUCGUGUGCCUAGACAAGAAGCCAGUCAUCAUCAUUUUUGACGAACCCAUGGACAUCCGAUCUGCAUAUAAGAGACUUUCAACCAUAUUUGAGGAGUGCGAUGAGGAAUUAGAGAGAAUGAUGACAGAGGAAAAAAUAGAAGAGGAGGAAGAGGAGGAAAAUGGAGACACUGUGGUCCAGAAUAACACUUCCCAAAAGUUCCAGAAGGUUGUGUCAGGCCCCGGCUCAGGACUGCAGGCUGAGAGCCGAUUGCAGCCACACUCCCUCUCAGGAGACACCGGAGUGUCAGGAGGACAGGGAAUGAAUAAGGCUGAGCUGCCCACGAGCGGCCGAGCAGAUUCUCCAAGUUCAGAAAGCAAGUGUGAUGCGGCAUAUGACCAGUUGGAAAGCCCCAAGAAAAAGUUCAAGUUCAAAUUCCCUAAAAAGCAGCUCGCCGCUCUCACUCAGGCAAUUCGCACAGGAACCAAGACGGGGAAGAAGACCUUGCAGGUGGUGGUCUACGAAGAGGAGGAAGAGGACGGCACUUUGAAGCAGCACAAAGAAGCCAAGCGAUUCGAGAUCACUCAGUCUUCCCCACCCGAAGACACCCCCCAAAACAGGCUCAGGAGACAGGGGCAGCCCUGUCUGGAGAACACAUCUUCCAUUUCCAGAACUGAUGAGAUUAGAAAUAACACCUACAGAACACUGGACAGCCUGGAGCAGACCAUCAAACAGCUGGAAAACACGAUCAGCGAAAUGAGCCCAAAAGCCCUCGUUGAUACCUCAUGUUCUCCCAACAGAGAUUCUGUUGCAAGCUCGUCCCACAUAGCCCGGGAGGCCUCUCCCCGAGCCUUGCUAGUUCUGGAAGAAGCUCCCACUACCCUAGAGCCCCCCUCAUCAAUCCCUUCAGCUUCACGUAAGGCCCCGGCGGGGACCCCACAGACCAGCAGGAUGCCAGUCCCCAUGAGCUCCAAGAGUAGACCCGGAAGCCUGGACAAGCCCGGCAAGCAGACCAAACUGCAGGAUCCCCGCCAAUAUCGUCAGGCUAAUGGAAGUGCUAAGAAAGCUGGUGGGGACUGUAAGCCUGCUUUCCCCUCCUUACCUGCUUCUAAGAUUCCAGCCCUUUCUCCCAGCUCUGGGAAAAGCGGCUCUCUGCCCUCUUCUAGCGGUGACAGCUCUAACUUCCCUAACCCAGCUGCUUCCAAACCACCGGUUACUUCUAACCCUCUCAGCCCCCAAACAGGACGAGCUGCCUCCUCGGCCUCCCUCAUCCCCUCUGUCUCUAAUGGCUCCUUAAAGUUUCAGAGCCCCACUCACACAGGUAAAGGUCACCAUCUUUCAUUCUCACUGCAGACUCCCAAUGGCCGAGCAGCCCCUCCCUCCUGCUCCUCCUCCCCCCCCUCCCCCGCCUCCCCCACUUCACUGAACCAAGGUGCCAGGAGCGUCAGGACCAUCCAUACUCCCAGCCUCACCAGCUACAAGGCACAGAAUGGAAGUUCCAGCAAAGCCACCCCAUCCACAGCAAAGGAAACCUCUUAAAGGCCACACCCUAUCAGGCACAAGUUGGAGUUACAUUUAAAAAUUUAGAAAAAAAUUGUAACAGUCUUUUAACAACUGUUUUCCCAAGAGAAUGUAACAUAUUGCUGUACUGUUUGAGGCUUAAUGCUAAGUAUGUGCUAAA